UUACUAGUACGGUACAUUUCAUUAAAGCGUGUUUAAAAAAAAAAGUAUUUUUUACAAUAUUUAUUACUAAUUUAAUUUCAAGUUUUAAAGUUUUAAUCUUAUAAAUACACCGGUUGUGAGGACACUCGUCGGUCAAAUCGCCGCGGUCCCUUUUAUAGCCAUCACCAACAGCUGGGCGUGGAACUCCGCCGCCGACGCUUCCCGGCUGCAGCCCGCGCCUCCCCUCCUCGUCGGAUCCUCCUUUAACCUCCUUCACAACCUCCUUCACCACCUCCUUCACAACCUCCUUCACCACCUCCUUCACCACCUCCUUCACAACCUCCUUCACCCUCCGGCACGCCGACAGCAGCUCCCACGGCGUCGUGAUCGGGGGGUGGGUUGCUUUGCCCGCUCGCAGUUGCAGCCGUCCAGUGAGACACGCAUUGUGUGGGUGAGGUGGCACAACAACAACAACAACACACUUUGUGGAAAACAUGGACAGUCGGUGCUUUGGCUGUGCGUGCAAGUUUUCGAUAUUGAGGAAAGAGCACGGGUGCAAGAAUUGUGGACGUUCCUUCUGUGGCUCCUGCCUCUCCCGUACGGCAACGGUGGCCAAGUUUGAUAAGCCACAAAAAGUUUGCAACAAGUGCUUCGACGUUCUUACCAAGCAGGGUGGCGGUGGAAUUCCAAGUCGGCCCACCCCUGAGCUCUCACCUCCCGCCAAUUACAAGAAACGAGUGGCGGCACUGCAGGCACGGGAGCAGGGACAGGUCGCCGGUCCAAGCACCAGCCGACCGGCAUUCGACACGCGGGGGAUGUCUGCAGAGGACAUGGAGAUCGCCGAGAGACUGGAGAAACUUAAGGCGGGAGUGCAGCCGAUCUCCUCGGUGCCGUCCCAGCGUGAAAUCGAACAGCGUCUGGCCGUCCUGCGCGACGACGGCUCGCGGGAUGUGCCGAGCGUGAGGGAGAUGGAGGAGAGGCUGGCGCAGCUGCAGGGCCGACCGGCACCUCGCUCCGUUGGCCGACCCGUUCACCAGCCACCAGAUAGCAGGACGCAGACGGAGCAGGCAAACAGCCUGCUGACCCAGAUGUCAGAAGAGGUGGCCAUUGAUGGUAGAUUCCACCCAGAAUCGACCUCGUCAGAUGACAAAACGGCUAUGAACGACCUCAACAAGGGCACCAAUGACAGCUUCCCGCUGAACAUUGCUGCCGACGAGGAGGGCGACUUGAGCAAAGCCCUGGAGCAGGAGACGAAGAACGUAUUGGCUGCAGCCAAGCGAGAGUUGGAGUUUGAGGCACGUGGCCGAGACGACACAUUGGCUGUGGCCCGCCGCUUGGCUGCCCUUAAAGGGGAUGACCCUGAUAAAGUGGUUGUACAGAACUUUGUGGAUUCUGACAGCGAAGAUGAGAACGAAGAGAAGACCGUGCGCAGAAUACUGAAGCAGUUUGGAGAAGAGGCGGCAAUGGACAAGGCGAGUGGUUUCUCUGAACGCAACAAUGCUGCCACCGCGUUGGAGGGUCCAAAGUUCUCACAGCUUCCAAACUCAGCUGCCGGUGCAAACAAGCAGAAGACCUCCCGUGGAGUGGCAGCAGCCGUCCUCAGGCCGUCGGGGAACGAGAGCGGGAGUGACGACGAGCUGCCCUGGUGCUGCAUCUGUAAUGAGGACGCCGUGCUGAGAUGCCGAGGCUGCGAUGGGGACCUAUACUGCAAGCGGUGCUACCGGGAAGGACAUGACAAGCAUGACAGGCCGGAUCACCCUACUGAGACGUAUAAGCCCACCAAAAAAAAAUAAUGUAACUAAAUCGCAUUUUUUGAACUUAGAUUUUGUAUUAAGGUGGUUUACCAAGACACUUUAGAUGUAUAGCGGAAGCCAUAAUCCUGAAAAAUAAGUUUUAUUCCAGCAGUUAUUCAGAACAAUACUAAAAGUUAGUGUGAAUAAAAAUGGGGUCAAAUAGUAAAUGAAUUUGUAGUUUAAACAAUUUGUUAUACAAAUGAUGUGUGCAGUCCAUUGUCAAUACACUGCUGUGGAUGACCUUAGUUGACCAGACCAGCGCAGGUUGGUGAAGGUCAAACUCAGGACUGGUUAGGACAUCACUUGCCACUGAUGUUAGCCAUGACUAUGAAAUUAAUUCAGGUCAACGAAAUUCGUAGCACAGUUGCGCGAACCAUUGUUAUUGACUUGCUCAAACUUCAGAUGUGGCUUAAAAUACUUUAUUGACAUUUUAGCAAAGCUCCCCUGUUAAAGUACUGCAUUAAAUGUUGAAUAGCUUGAAAAUAGGGUUGUCUUGUUUCAUUUGUGGAAUGUUGGAUAACACUAAUACUGUUAUGGUGGAAAUAUUAACCGCUUUAUUUCAAACUAUUGGGUUUUCUGGUUGCAAAUAAUAGUGUACACAGCCCAUUUGAAUGCAUUGAGUGGAGUAUAGGGUUUUAACAGCUGUCCUGUACAUUUGACACGUGAUGCUGCUGUGCUGUAAUUUUUCGCACACUUGGACAUCCAACCCAGAAGUCACCGGUUUAAUCUCCCGGUGUGGCAGUUGAUACAAUGGAGCAAGUUUAUUAAAUUCGGCCCCGCCUCUCCACUCAUCGGUAUAAAUAGUUACACCACAGUCUAUCGGAAGGUUGCGUGUGGUGA